AGCCUCUGGAGCUAUAUUCCCAGUUCCUCCUCUGGCCCAGCCUUCCCCCUGCAGAUCUGCUAAACAAAUAUUUGUGCAAUGUUCUUUGAGCUGACCAGAGGAAGACAUUGAGAUUCUGAGGAAUCUCUUGCAGAGCUGCAAGCAGCGAUGCUGCGGAGCUACACGUGGGGGCCACAGGACCCCCUCCGCCGUGCCCUGCCUGCCGCUGUCCCUGCUGUCUGUGACCGCCUGCGGGAGUGUGCAGCACGGAUCCCGGAGGCUGGAGAGGUGCUCACCAUCCUGGAGAAGUGCACCGAGCAGCAGUGCAAGGGAGAUUUCCCUGUCGUGGUUUUUGAAGGGCUGGAUGCCACAGGCAAAACCACUGUAACCCAGGCUGUUAAGGAUGCCCUGGAUGCUGUUCUGUUAAGGUCUCCGCCAGCUUGCAUCAGCCAGUGGAGGACAAUAUUUGAUGAUGAGCCAACACCCAUUAGAAGGGCAUUUUAUGCUGCGGGCAACUACAUCCUUGCUUCAGAAAUAGCAAAAGCAUCCGCUCAGGCACCUGUGAUUGUAGACAGAUACUGGCACAGCACAGCUGCUUAUACAAUAGCCACUGAAAUAAAUGGGGAUGUCCAAAAUCUUCCACCAGCUCAAGACGAGGUGUACCAGUGGCCUGAAGAUCUGCUUAAACCUGAUCUUGUUCUUCUGCUGACUGUCAGCCCUGAGGAGCGAGCCCGGAGACUUGAGAGUCGAGGGCUGGAGAAAACAAAGGAGGAGGCUGAGAUGGAAGCUAACAGCUUGUUUCGCCAAAGAAUUGAAGAGUCGUACAGAAGGAUGAUGAAUCCUGCGUGCCAAGAGGUCGAUGCCAGUCCCUCAAAGGAAGAGGUUCUCAAGACAGUGCUGCAACUAAUUAAAAAACACUGUGCCUUGUGAAAGUA